AUGGGUGUAUUUCCCAGUUAUUAUGAACCGUGGGGUUACACCCCAGCAGAACGUACAGUAAUGGGAGUGCCCUCCAUUACAACAAAUUUAUCAGGAUUUGGUUGCUUCAUGGAUGAGACGCUUGAGAAUUCGAUAGAUUAUGGUAUUUAUAUUGUAGAUCGUCGGAUGAAAUCUGUCGAGGAAUCGGUACAACAAUUGGCAGACUACAUGCUACAAUUUUGUCAGAAAACAAGACGUCAACGUAUCAAUCAACGUAAUCGGACAGAAAGAUUGUCAGAUGUAUUGGAUUGGGAUUUGAUGGGUAUGGAGUAUGUGAAAGCCAGAAAAUUGGCAUUGUAUCGUGCUUAUCCUGAAUCAUUCGAUGAAAAGGACUCAAUAAUAAUAGGUGAUGAUGGAAUACAAACUUUAGGAUUUAAAAUGUUGGGAUCAACCAAUGAUAGUCAUGAUGACAUUGAUGAAAUUCAUCCAAUUCCAUUAAUAAUAAGACGUGGUAGUACUAGUAGUGAUAUUUCGCUCAUUGGAAAAUUUUAA